UCCGAAAUCAUAAGCAACAUUGAUAUCUUCCACGGGGAACUCAGGUUGUAUGAUAUUUCUCUCACUAAAUGGUUCAGGCAUCUGUCCUUUCCAAGUCUCGUCAAAGAACUCUCGCGAGACUAGAGGAACGCCUUCUUUGUCUUGACCAUGUUUGAGCUGAUACAACAUCCAUGUUGAUAUAUCUAAGGCGUUUGAAACUAUAGAGCCGGCUGGUCCGGCAGGAUGGACUGCCCUACAAUAUUAAAUAUUAAUUACUUUAAGUAAUGGGAAAUAAGCAUUCGGAGAAAGAUUGACGAUUGAGGAAGCGGGAUACCUAGAGAGAUUUGAGACUCUGGAACUGGCAGAGAGAUGGCAUCGAGUUGUAACUUUUCAUUUGGGAGACAUUGGGAUAUAGCUGAUGUGCUACUUUGGCGACCAGGCCUAACCAGCAUCAACCCACCAUGGUGAACCCAAAACCAAGACAUUUUUUCUUCUGAUGACGAAUACAAUCAAUUUUCAAGAACUAAUACUGUACAUAUUUCAAAUGAAAUACUCUUCGAUUCUAAAUUACAUUCUACCUCUAAGUUUAUUAAUGCCGACUUCAAGGCUUACCUUGCAACAUCAUUAUCUAUAAGUUCGAAGACACCAUCCAAGGUUGUAUGGGCAAAAGCGAAAUCUUCGACGUCAUCUAAAACGUCUACAAAAGUUGAUGACGUCAUCUCUAAUGGCUGAAAUAUCAUAUUACGCACCAAUGAUUCCCAACUAGUUCCAUUCGCUAGAUGCUCUGAUAUGUAACCAGCCAAUACAUACAUAUAGUUGUUAUAGAUGAGCUUGGACCGAAAGGAAUCUGGGACGGAUCGCAUGUACCUCAAUUUCCUAAAAAUGUACAGCACAAAAAUGGGUAUUUCAUCCCUGGGAAAUACAGAUAGAAGUACAUGAAGUACAUAGAUAGAAAUGUAAACUUUGGAAUCGAACGAAUGUAUUUCUAACAAAAGAUUUAUACAGUAUGUUAUCUCUAACAUUUGUUGAAUAUUCUUUAUCGCAGAACAACUCGUACUGUCACAUUUAUAAUAGUAAAAAUCAAAAGGUGGAUUGGAUCGAGUGGAUUGGAUUCAUGUAAAAGGUAGAUUGGAUCGGGAAUCUUCAAAAUAGGGAAUUUCUAUAAAAAUUAUGCUGAUCUCCCUAUUAGCAAAAUGUCUACUCCACAGAGUAUUUUGCGAUCGCUUGGGUACCUUUGAUGAAUCAGAACAAAACAACAACAACAAAUAUAUGCAUGUAUUAAUAUACAAGUGUAAAUCAACUUUUCUAAGGUAUAGUAAGCAUAGCUCUGUAAAUAAAGCUGUCUUACAAAUUAAUGUUAUGAUGUUCCCAAAGCAUUUCUGCUAUUGUAUGUCCUGUAUGGAUUGAAAACAGAUGGAAUGAAUCUUCAAGGCAGUCUGCCUUAUGAUUUAUGAAUUUACAAUUACCUUUGAUUUAUGAAUUUAAAAUUACCCUUGAAAUAAAUAAGAUUGUGUUUUAGAAAGCUGGUACCAGGUCACCCUUCUAGCCCACCCAAGCAACAUAAUAUUACAUCUAUCAUUUGACAUUUGGUCAAGAGGAGGGCACCAAUCUUCUAAGAGGGAGAUCAAUAGUAACAAAUUCAAUAUUCUGAAGAUUCCCGAUCCAAUCCACCUUUGACAUGAAUCCAAUCCACUCGAUCCAAUCCACCUUUUGAUCAUUACCUUUAUAAUCAAUAACGUGUAGCCUAACGUGAGUGACCUUAAACGAAACGGUCAAAGGCUUAUCAAAAGAACAGGGUUCUUUUAACCUAAAGUUGAUAAACGAUCGAUCUAAAUCCAUAAAUACUCGUUUAAGAUUUGAUGUACAAAAGAUGCACUGGCGAAGUAAGAUAACAUACAAAUAAAAUAACUGAAGAAUGAAUUUGUCUAGGUUCUUGCUUGUUAUCGUAUCAUUUUCGUCGACAUGUGAAUGUGGGAAUAUUUUUCUGAUGCCACUUGACAACGGCUACAACAGCAGAUUUAUGAAUAUGAUAAAACUUGGGAAAAUAUUGUCUGACGCUGGACACCACGUGACUAUUCUUAUCUCAGAUCAGAUUGAAAAUGAUUCAUUGUUCAAACUAUCAGAAAGCGACCAUAUGAACAACCGAAUGAGUUUAAUACAUUACAAGAAGCCGGUAAUUGAUACAACUCAGGAUUUGAAUUCAUUGAAUCAAGAAUGGGUCAACAGUCUGAUGGAGACAGACCCGGUAGACACUUUAAGAGGAUAUGGGCCACUUUUUGAUGACAUCAUUACUCAUCAUUUAGAGGAUAAAACAGUUUGGGAAAAGAUGGAAGCUACACAUUUUGAUCUAAUAAUAGCUGACGAGAUGGUAUAUUUUGCAAGGAUCGUUGCAGCGACGUUCAAGAUUCCAUUAAUAAUAUAUUCCAACUGGGGACCAAUGACAUUUGAUGUAGACCUCGUCCAACGAUUCAACCUGGCAUAUGUACAUACAUUUCUCCAACCUACCACAGAUUCAAUGUCAUUCUCAGACAGAGUUUCAAACGUUGUGGAAUAUUUUCGUCUUCAAAGUGCUAUGUUGGAAAUAUAUGAUAGUAGUAUUGCCAUUUGCCGAAAACACGGUCAUCCUAGAAAGACAUGUGACAACAUAAAAGACGCGUAUAAGACAGUCUCCCUCGUAUUUAUAAAUAGAAAUGAUGCACUUCAUUAUCCAGUUCCAUUUAUGCCACAUGUCGUAUCAAUUGAGGGAUUUUUCUUGGACAAGCCGAAACCUUUGAAUCAACAUUACAUGGAUAUUGUAGAACGUGCAGGAGAAGACGGGAUUAUUGUUGUUAGCUUCGGGUCAAUGUUUCGGAGACUUUGGCCUGAGAUAAGCACCACGCUAGCCAGAGCUUUUGCCGCAAUGCCACAGAUUGUGAUAUGGAGUUAUGAGGGCCCUACACCUAUAGGGCUUGGUAAUAAUACCAUUGUGAGUAAAUGGAUACCUCAAGAAGAUUUGAUAAAUCAUCCAGCAACAAAACUUUUUGUGACCCAAUGCGGCGCGUCGUCUACAUUUCAGGCGUUGAAAUACGCUCUACCGACGAUCGGCGUUCCUCUUGUCUGGGAUCAACCGUAUAACUGCCAUAAGCUAACGCACAGAAUAAAGUCCGCAAAGAGUAUCUCUUUAGAGGGAUUGACCAGUGAGAUAUUCCAGCGCGCAAUGGAGGAUGUGAUUAAAGACAAGACAUAUAAGGAAAAUGCCAAUAAGGCUGCAGCUAUAUUCCUCGAUCAACUAGUACCAGCUAGGGAUAAAAUCACCUACUGGGCUGAAUAUGUUAUGCGUCAUAAAGGGGCACCUCAUUUAAGAUCCCAAGCUGCUAAUAAUCUGAAUUUCACCCAAUAUUAUUUGCUAGAUAUCUUUUCGUUGGUGUGCUUCACUAGUGUUAUCAUUGGAGUUGUCAUUAUUACUAUUGCCAAUAAGGUCAUUAGUUUCUGUAAAACCUCUGAUAAAAAGAAUAAAUAUGAUUGACAAUAAAUGAGCUCAAAAUAACCCUACAUACACUAUAUUGUACGUAUGGUCACAUUUUAUCAUUUGAUGAAAUGCCAUGGAACUGUAUGCCGACAAGAUUCAUUAAGCUGAUAACUCUGCCUUUUCAGCGGUAUAUUGAACACUUACACCUGAUUCAGACAAUUUUGAUAUUUUCGCAUAUUGUAGAUUUAAAUGUCUUCUUUUGCAUAUUCAUAAUUUAAUUUGGGUGUUAUUUCUAUAUUUUUCAUUAAAAAAUUAUUAGUCCAUUAGACUUUUCUCCAAACCGAGACUUAUCUUUUGACCAUUCGGCAAAUCAACCACUCAGAUUAAAUGCGUUAACCAAGAUUAUGGUAUUUUAGCCAAAAUAACUCACCAUACUAAUUCUUUCCUGGAAAUUGUCGAGGGAAAUCCGGUCAAAAGGGCUGUGAAGUAGCUUGGGACACCAACCCUAUGUGACAACAAGUCCCGGAUGUUCACAUUCUGCGUCCGCAUGUCAUCCAUAAGUUGGAACGUGUCACCGAAUAUUUUCACUAUCGGGGUAUCCCAAUUAUAUUUCC